CAAUAUCAAAAAGCUCUUUCUUGUUUUUUUUUUGUUUUUUUUUUAUCUUUCAUUCAAAGAGAAGAAAAAUCUAAGUAUGAUGAGGAGACAAUUAGUGCUCGUAAUAAUCUUAGCUGUUAUUUUCGUUGUUGUCUUGGACGUUACGCAAGUUGAAGCCACGAGGUCUUUCCCGGUGGACGUCGAUGAGAUCAGUCUGCUAUUGCAGGUGCUGCAAAGAGGUCCGGUUAGAGGCUCUGGUAGGAACGGUUGCACCCAUAUUCCUCGCGGCGGUUCAGGAAGGUGCCGCCACGGCUAAAGCUGUCACGCGAAACUUCUUCAUCAUUCUUUGAUUUUUUUCUUUUUGCAACAUUUGUAUGUUACGUACAUAAUUACAUAUACGUAGUUAUACAGUAGCUUUAGACUUGGUCUCGUAUCAUUUGAAUUGUAAUCAACGGUAAUUUGAUUAAUACAAACAUGUUUUU